UUGUGUCUUGCGCUCUGAAUGCACUUGUAAGUUUAAUCUCCACUGAGGAGGAGGAGCACCAGUGCAUGUGAGGUAUCUCAGGAGCUGACAGAUACAGUGCUCACAGAAGAAGACAUGAGAAGACAUCUUAUCCAUUGCAUCAGUUUGUUACUUCAUGUUUGAAGUCUGUUUCGUGUGCUGGCACUCCCAAGUGAUCUGAAGCACUGAGCUGAGAUUGCAAAGAAACCAGCUAGUGUGUUUGGAUACGCAGCGUCUUUGAUCAGAGUUUGAAAUGAGGAUCUGAAUGCAAAGAAAAACCACUGAACCUCAAAUAGGAAAUUAAGAGCUUUCUAUGUCAUUUGUUGUUAUGUGAGAUGGAAGCUGUGCAGGUGGUCUUAAGCAACGGGUUAUUUGAUAAGCGAGCUGUGAACUUCACGUGUCGGUCGGGGAAGCAGUGAAAUGAGAUUCUCGGGCAUCGCUGAAUCUUUAUAAGCUCUUUGCCAGUCUAGCUGAGCGAGUCGAGCUUCGGCUGGAUCAGCCUUUCUGAUAUUCUCCGGCUGAACUGAGCAGGAGUCCAGUAGGACUAAGGAACUUUCAAGUUUGCUCUCCUUAGGAUCUGAAUCGUCUCUUUGUUUCUUGGAGACACUUCAUACUCUUGCAUUUAAUUUUCUCUGUGAUAACCGUGCAUCCUCUGAGACAGGAUGCAGGUGUCAUUUGUUUGCACGGACCACCGGUCCAUGAGUCGUAGCACGGAUGACAGGCUCAAUCGACAAAACGCUAACAGUCCGAGCACCGGUACCCGAAGCAAGUUUAAAGCCGUAGCCAUGGUGGCCAGGAGCCUUGGGCAGCUCUCCGUCCAGAGCGUCCCUUCUUCAAGUGACCAGAGCAUGAGAACUGGCAUGAAGUAUAGAAACCUGGGGAAGUCGGGCCUGAGAGUCUCAUGUCUUGGAUUAGGAACAUGGGUGACGUUUGGAGGACAGAUCACAGAUGAGAUUGCAGAGCAGCUGAUGACUCUGGCGUACGAGAACGGGAUCAAUCUGUUCGACACGGCAGAGGUCUACGCUGCAGGAAAGGCGGAGAUGGUGCUGGGCAACAUCAUAAAGAAGAAAGGAUGGAGACGCUCCAGUUUAGUCAUUACAACCAAAAUAUUUUGGGGUGGAAAAGCAGAGACUGAAAGAGGACUGUCAAGAAAACACAUUAUAGAAGGUUUAAAGGCAUCAUUGGAGAGACUGCAGUUAGAAUAUGUGGACGUGGUGUUUGCAAACAGACCAGACCCCAACACACCCAUGGAAGAGACGGUGCGGGCGAUGACCCAUGUGAUCAAUCAGGGAAUGGCGAUGUACUGGGGAACGUCACGCUGGAGUCCGAUGGAAAUCAUGGAAGCGUAUUCUGUGGCCCGACAGUUCAACCAGAUCCCACCGAUCUGCGAGCAGUCGGAAUACCACAUGUUCCAGAGGGAGAAAGUAGAGGUGCAGCUUCCUGAGCUCUUCCAUAAGAUCGGUGUGGGUGCGAUGACAUGGUCCCCGCUGGCCUGUGGGAUAAUCUCAGGGAAAUACGACAGCGGGGUGCCGCCAUACUCUCGCGCCUCACUGAAGGGCUACCAGUGGUUGAAGGACAAGAUCUUGAGCGAGGAGGGCCGACGCCAGCAGGCGAAGCUGAAAGAGCUGCAGGCAAUCGCUGAGCGGCUGGGCUGCACGCUGCCACAGCUAGCCAUCGCGUGGUGCCUGAGAAACGAAGGUGUGAGCUCUGUGCUCCUCGGAGCCUCCAGCACGGACCAGCUCAUGGAGAAUAUAGGAGCAAUACAGGUUCUUCCAAAGUUAUCCUCCUCCAUCGUGCACGAGGUGGACAGUAUCCUGGGCAACAAACCCUACAGUAAAAAGGACUACCGCUCCUAGUGUGGAACCGGACGGGACCGGAUGCUCCGCACCCACCUUUGCCUGAUCCUCCGUUCGCUUCAGCUUUUACUGAAUGAGUACCGGCCGCAUGAGACGGGCAAGCACCCACAAACCCUGGAGAGCAAGACUUUUAGAACACAAAGGGCAAGAAACACGUUGAAAAACACAAAACGUACAAAAAAAAAAAAAAAAAAAAAAUUCACUUAACCGAGGGGUUGACAUGCAGGAUAGAGAGCGAUGCUUUGAAGAUACGUGCUGACGGAGUACUUUAAAACCAGAUCAUUAGGGUAAUUAAGAACAAAAUGAAAAAUAAUAUACUUAAAACAUUUUAAAAAUAACAUGCUUGCUUGGUUGCUGGAAAUAUUCAUUUUUUCUCUUUGCUUUUUUUUUUUUAUAUUGAAUGCAUAAAUAACAAAAAUGGAGCUCAAGCUGAAAUAGGUGAUCCAUAGCCGCUCAUGUGAUCCAUUUGGGUUUGCGCACAUCGUUCACGUCGUCGAGGUGUCCCGACCCAGAACUCUUCACUGUGUCGUCUGCGUUACGUAUGCACACGCCCCCCUUCGCAGGCAAACCAAUAAGCACUUUAAGAGAACAUCAGAGAGAGCGGCUUGGUGAAAACUGAUUUGCAAGCGGCUCCUCUCUAGUGUGGAACGGGGCAAAAAUCAAUCGCUUUUUCUUCUUCUGCACUGGGCAUUGCGUCGUCUCGCUGUUGAGCCUCAAAAUUCGGCCCUGGCUUCUCACAUGUCAUUGCUUUCGCUAACAGGGCCGCCAGAGACGUUCUGAUGUCAGAUCGCUCCAUCAGAUGUUGUGGUUUUGGAGGGCAGCUGUCUGUGUGAUUGCUGAAGAUGAGCCUCAGAGGUCUUCCAUCCACAGUAACCUGCUCCCGGCACACACGUUUAGUGUACUGAUAUUACAAUUACUCAUGCUGAUUUAUUAGAGUUUAAGUGUAGAUCGAAUAUCUGACGUACUAAUGGGAUAAGCAUGCUUCAAAAGUAUUUAAUACAAUUACUGCUCAAUUUUUAAGUCUAAAGAGUGAAUGUUAGGAAACAUCAAGAAUGUGUUCUGGUCGUAUUUCACCCCAAAAUCAGCAUCUGUAUACAAUAUUAGAUAUACAAUAUUAAAUUGCUUGCUAUUUAAGGAUCAUUUUAAUUAAAAAAUUUAUUUAUACUUUUUUUUUUUUGUUAUACAUUAUGUCUCUCAAAUUGUAAAGUGUAAUUUUAAGUGUACAUCAUGCUAGUAUUUGAGUACAACUACUGAAAAAUUGUUCAGGCAUGAUGCAUUACAGUAACCUUAUUAUUUAUUUAUUUUUAAAUUAGAAGAAACGAACAAGAAAAUCAGAAAUGUUUAAUUCAUGGAAAUAAUUGUCACAAUGCAAAAAAAAAAGAUGAUCUUAAAACAAUAUAUAAUUUAAUAAAACAUUUACUGUACAGAAUUAUAUUACGUAUUAUUUUAGGACCUUUUUUUUUUGUUUGUUUAUUUUUUUUUCCAUUUUGACCAUUUUCAUUAUAAUUAAGCACAUUUUCCCCACAAAUUGUUUGUAAUUUUAUGUAGUUAAAAAAAAAAAGCAGUGAUGGUCUCAAAAUAUACAAUGUUAGAUAUACAGUACAAAAUUAUAGUACUUAUUAUUUUAGAAUAAUUACAAUUUAUUUUUGUGACGAAGUCAUUUUUAUUAUAAUUAAUAUUAUUUAUUCCUGCAAAUUGUCUUAAUGUAAUAUGAAAGUAAGUCUUAUUAUUGGAAUAUAUAUCAAAAUUAUAUUAUUAUUAUUAUUAUUAUUAUUAUUAUUAUUAUUAUUAUUAUUAUUUUCUAACCUUUUUUUUUUUUUUUUUUGCAUUGUGACCAUUUUUAUUAGAAUUAAGCACAUUUUCCCUACAAAUCAUCUUUAAUACCAUGUGAAAGAAAUCUUAUUACAGUAAUAUACUGUAUAUCAAAUUAAGUGUACAUCAUGCUAAUAUUUAAGUACAACUACUGAAAAAAUGUACAGGCAUGAUGCAUUACAGUAACCAUUUAUUAUUAUUAUUAUAAUCUCUCUUAAAGAGUCAGAAAUAAUAAUUCAGUCAUGUAAAUAAUUGUCCCACAAUAAUGCAAAAAAAUACAAAUAAGUAAUAAUAAUAAUAAAUUGAUGGUCCUGAAAAUAUACAAUGUAAAAUGUACAGUGCAAAAUUAUGGUUUUAUUUAAUUUUAUUUAUUUUUUAUUUAUUAUUACCAUUUUCAUGAUAAUUAAGGUUAUUUGCCCUAAAAAUUGUCUUUGCGAAAAAAAGCCAUGAUGCAUUACAUUAGCUUUUUUUUUUAUUAAAAGAAAUUAAAAAAGAAAGUCAGAAAUAAAAAAAAAUGUAUAUAUUCAUCUGUGGAAAUAAUUGCAUUACAAAUAAUGCAAAAAAGGAUAGUCCUAAAAAUAUACAAUUUAAUACAAGAUGUACAGCACAAGAUUAUAUUACUUAUUAUUUUUGGACUUUUUUUUUUUGCAUUGUGACCGUUUUCUUUAUAACUAAGCACAUUUUCCCUAUUUUAAUGUUAUGUUAAAGACUGUAGACUGCUAUAAUGCAAAUAUAUAAGCAUAUUUUACACACAGACACACACAUUUCAGUGUCAUGGUGGUGAUAAAAAAAAAAACCUUGAAAAAUACUAUUUAAAAUAUCUUAAUGUAAUUGAUUUUGGGGUGAAAUAUUACCUGAAUUUUUUUUCAUGACAUUCACCACAUAAGGCAAAUUCAUUGAGUAAAACCAUGGUGUCAGAUCAUGUGUGGUGGUAGCCUAAUGCUUAUAAAUAAUGGGCUGCUAACACAAAAGUGCAGGUUCAAUCCUAAAGAGAGGUCAAACGCAGUUCUGCUUGAUCUCCCUGCGAUUGGACGUCUAUGAGUAGCAAAAACCAUCAGUGAUUUGAUGAUGUUGUCUGCGGUGUAGCUGGGGCCGGCACCUGUGGCCUUCACAGCACAGCAGAAGCUCCUAGCCAAUAGGAAAGCGGACUGUUUCAACGCAUCAUCUCACCUGCCCGAUAGGAGCAAAGACCUGUUUGUGUCAGCAGCUCAGGGACUGCGCUAGAAUGUCCACGUAUGCAUGAGUCUGUGUGUGUGAAAUACAUUGUCAAACAUCGUUAGGAAGCAGACGUCACUGUUCCUUCCUCUCAUUUCUGGACACUGGGCAUUUGUUGUAUAUGUACCGGUGAUGAUACGUGUGGCUGAAGCCAAAGAUUUAUCCCACAUCCCGUCAGUACGGUGACUCCCGUGUCCUCUUUCCCACGGAGAGGCGAUGGCUCAUUUAGCAGCAUGUAUCUGCACAUCUUUCCUCACUUUGUAUAUUCACUCUGCGCUCUAGGAAUAGAAGUACAUAUAGGCGUACUUAGUGCAAGUAUACAUGUAGUACCCAGUAUGAAUGAUAAGCAGUCUUUAGAUCUUUUUUAAACGGCGGUCGCUCGCCAAACCUCGAUCGAUUAGUUCAUCAAAGCGUCCCUGAUCAAACACAAGGGAAUUGCAUGAGGUUGAUAAAACCUGGAAAACCUUGGAAAGCAUGCGGCGGGUUCCACGCGCUCACUGCGCUUUUAAUGCACAGUUCGUAUCCGAUAAUGUCGUGAUCAUUUUUGUACAAAUCUGAAAAGAUGAGCUUGCUGUUCUUCGUGGUUGUGAUUAAAAACACUCUAAAGAUCAGAAUCGGAUUUUAAAAACUAAACUCGGGAGUUUUGUGCUCAUGGGAGAUAAAUUGGUCAAAUCAGCUUUAAAAUAGUUGAAUGCUGACGUUUGGUGUGCGUUCAUCUCAUCUGUACGUUUGUGUGUCUGUCUGAAGAGCCACGUACAUUUACUGUGUGAUGACGGUGCAGUUAUUCCUGACAGUCUCUGAAAGAUUUGCACUUUAUUCGUUAGGCUGUUGCUUAAUUGGAGAUGAUUCAUUUACAUUUAUAGUGUUAAUGUCUUUUAUUUUUGCCCUUUUAAAGGAAUGUUUUAGGUUCAUGUCAACUCAUAAUCAUUUCAGAUAAUCCAAGUAUGUUGUUAACAGUAAUGUACUUUAAAUGGAAAAUAAGUAUUAUGUGAAAUUUGCAAAGUUUACAACCUUUUUUUUUUUUUUUUUUUUUUUGCAUGCAGUAAUGACAAUUUGUGAUGAAUGUACUUAAUGUUCAUUGAGGUAAUGUCACAAAUAAUCAUCUUGAAAAAAGGCUUCACUUAUUUCGUGCAAAAUAGAAUAAAUUUUGUGAUCAAAAUAUUUUCUCAAAAUGUCUUUGUGAAAAUCAUCCAGUAAGAUAAAUAAAUUAAAUUAAAUUAAACUGAUGAUUUAAAAAAAAAAAAAAAAAAAAAAAAAGACAAGAAAAA